UAUUUGUGUUUUGUGAAUUCACCUGUCAUUUUACUCAUUGCACAACAUUUUACAAUAUUCAUCAACUUUUUAGUUUAAAUAGCUAUUGUGAUAUAUUUUUCUAGUACUUCCAUAGUUAACAUAGAAUAGAAAAACCAUGUCGUGUCCGUGGGCCAAAAUUGAAAAACCAGAACCAGUAAAUUUCGCAGAUAUUCUAUCCGAAGAGGUAGCAAAAGAUUUGCAAGCGAAGGAAGAUAAGAAGCUUGUGGAUAUGUUUAAUGAAGAAAACCAAGUCGAGGAUACAGAGGCUGCUGUGGCAGCUUUAGUUGAAGAUAUUCCUACAGAAAUAUUAAAAGCUAUUAGUGAUGAUAGUUUUGAGAGUGAUGCGAUGAUUGCUCAAAUGCUCCAGAUGCAGUUCGAUAAAGAAUACGAUCAGGAACUGAAACGUAAGGAAGAGAAGUAUAAUGGGUCCUCGAAAGUAUCUAUAUCGUUUGACAACUAUAGAAGGGUUCCUUUAAAUAAUGAUUUCGAAAGUGAAUCGGAAGAGGAAGAAAUAACGGAUAUACGAGAUAGAAAAGAUUGGGAUCGGUUUGAUCCCCUUGAAAAAGAAAUAGCUUCGAUACCAGCAUGCGGCUAUAAAAUGCAGAAAGAUGGUAAAAUGAUUACAAAACACGACAUUGUAAUGAACGGAAGAAAAAAUGCAUGCAAACUUCUGUCGUUUCCUCCUGAAUUUCAAACGGGAGAUGGAGAAAUGUUUGAUUUAAAACUAUCUAAUAAGGUCUUUAAUAGCCUAAAAAUGCAUUCCCGAAAUGAACAAGCAAGGCGUCAUAAAUUACAUGAUAAAAAGGAACAUGCUACUGCCGUGUUUGGCAUGGACCAACAUACUCGGUUGUUGCUUUAUAAAAUGAUCAUCAAUCAAUUGCUGCAGGGUGUCAAUGGCGUAAUAAGUGUGGGUAAGGAGGCUGUAAUACUUCACGCCGCCUUGGAUCCGUCUUUCCCAUACGCCACGGAAAACUGGCCUACAGAAUGUGCCAUAAAAGUUUUCAAAACGACUCUCUCAGAAUUCAAACAACGCGACAGGUACAUUAAAGACGACCAUCGAUUUAAGGAGAGAUUCCGAAAUCAAACCACGAGAAAAUCCAUUCAGUUGUGGGCGGAAAAAGAAAUGGCCAACCUAAUGCGUCUCAAGAGAAUUGGGAUACCGUGCCCAGAAGUCAUUAAGUUAAGGGAGCACGUUUUGGUGAUGUCUUUUAUCGGCAAGGAUAACCUGCCUGCUCCUAAAUUAAAAGAUGCGGUAAUGAGUGAUGCGGACUUCAUCGCUGCUUAUGAAGAGGUAAAGAAUGCAAUGAAGCUGCUGUACGAAGAAGCGAACUUGAUUCACGCGGAUUUGUCAGAGUAUAACAUUUUAUGGCAUGAAGGGCAGUGCUACUUUAUAGACGUUAGCCAGUCCGUGGAACCAAGUCAUGAAAACGCCUUCCGUUUCCUUCAUAGGGAUUGCAUCAAUAUCACCACUUUUUUCGGAAAAAGGAUUUCUGAAAUAGAAUCUCCAGAUGAACUUUUCAAAUUCGUCACUGGAUUCUACAUCAGCGAUAAAAUUGCGCUCGAGAGUUUGACGGAGUCAUUUAAAAUGAAGCCCCAUCUCGUCGACAAGCCCGGUGUAGAGUCAUCGUACGACUUCGAUACAGCUUGGGAAAAAGUUAAGGCAGGAGAGGUACCCAUCGACGUCGAAGUGGAGAAAGCAGUGUCGGAUUUGGACUUGAAUUUAGUUGAACCGCCAAAAGCUUAAUCGAUUCGUCCAAGUAAAAAAAUUUGUUUAUUAUGUAAUUUUGUUGGUCAUUUGGGAAUCUUUUUUAGUUUUAUUUUUUUUAUCACUGUUUAAUCUAAUUGUUGACUGUUGAAAAUAUUUUUAUUUUGUUGAAAUCAAACGCAUGGUUCUUAAAAUGUAAAUAAAAAAGAUCUUUCAUGUUUUAAAUAAAUCACAAUAGCAGCUGUUGCAGUAUUAGUUCUCGA